GAAAAAUCGAAUCGAGCGUAUGUGUGUGCCUGUGUGUGUGGGUGUGAGUGAGAAAGUGACGAAUUACUUUUCAUCAAAUGGGAAAUAAUUUAGUUUGAAAACACGUAUCUACCCAGAGCACCAACAAAAAUUCAAGUCUUACACAAUUUAGACACAAGCGAGCUAAAUCGGCGCAGGCAAACCAACAACACGAAAACGCGACAACUACACCAUCGAAAUGGCGGAAGGCGGCAGCAAGCGCAUCAACGUGGUUGUAAAAACGCCAAAGGACAAGAAGACGGUCGAGGUUGACGAAGAUUCUGGAAUCAGAGAGUUCAAAAUUCUGGUGGCACAAAAGUUCGAGGCCGAGCCCGAGCAGCUAGUGCUCAUUUUUGCCGGCAAAAUUAUGAAGGACACGGACACACUGAAGAUGCACAACAUCAAGGACAACCUGACGGUGCAUCUGGUGAUCAAGGCGCCGACGCGCAACAACGAGGUGCCCGCCCGCCAACCGGCGGAUGUGCGCCAAACGCCCUUUGGCCUCAACCAGUUCGGUGGCCUGGCCGGCAUGGAGGCCCUGGGAGCCGGAUCGAACACCUUCAUGGACCUGCAGGCGCGCAUGCAGAACGAGCUGCUCAACAACGGCGACAUGCUGCGCUCCCUGAUGGACAAUCCGUUGGUGCAGCAGAUGAUGAACAAUCCGGAUACGAUGCGCCAGCUGAUCACAUCGAAUCCCCAGAUGCAGGACCUCAUGCAGCGCAACCCGGAGAUCUCGCACAUGCUCAACAAUCCGGACCUGCUGCGCCAGACCAUGGAGUUGGCCCGCAAUCCCUCGAUGCUCCAGGAGCUGAUGCGUUCGCACGACCGGGCCAUGUCCAAUCUGGAGUCAGUGCCGGGCGGCUAUAGUGCCCUGCAGCGCAUCUACCGCGACAUCCAGGAGCCGAUGAUGAACGCGGCCACCGAAUCCUUUGGUCGCAACCCCUUCGCCGGGCUAGUCGAUGGCGGUGUGGGGGCCGGCAUCAAUCCGCAACAGGGCACCGAGAACCGCAACCCAUUGCCGAAUCCCUGGGGCGGCGGCGGCGCCAAUUCGGGAACCAAUGGCACUGGAGCCGGCAGCGGCACUGGCAACCGAACGGGAGAUCUGCCGCCAAACAAUGUUCUCAACACGCCGGCCAUGCGCAGCCUGCUCCAGCAGAUGGCCGACAAUCCGGCCAUGAUGCAGAACCUGCUGAACGCGCCCUACACGCGUUCCAUGAUGGAAUCCAUGUCACAGGACCCGGACAUGGCCUCGCGCCUGCUGAGCAGCAGCCCGCUCCUGUCCAACAACCCCGCCCUGCAGGAGCAGGUGCGUCAGAUGAUGCCGCAAUUCAUGGCCCAGAUGCAGAACCCUGAGGUGAUGAACAUGCUGACCAACCCCGAUGCGAUGAACGCCAUCCUGCAGAUCCAGCAGGGCAUGGAGCAGCUGCGCAGCGCGGCCCCCGGUCUUGUUGGCACCCUGGGCAUUCCACCGCCACCGCCGGGAGUCAACUCCGCCACGGAUCCGGCCAGCGGCGAUGGAAGUGGCGGCGGUACCACCACCAACAACGUUUCGCCUAGCAGCGGCCUCAAUGCCGGCAACCCCGCCACCGGCGCCCCAAGCCUGGCUCCGGGCGGUGGUCCCAACGCGCAGCUUUUCAACGACUUCAUGAUGCGCAUGCUCAACGGGAUGUCGAACAACGCGGACAGCACACAGCCGCCGGAGGUGCGCUACCAGUCACAGCUGGAGCAACUGGCAGCGAUGGGCUUCGCCAAUCGGGAUGCUAACUUGCAGGCUCUGAUCGCCACCUUCGGGGACAUUAAUGCGGCAGUGGAGCGACUACUGUCCCUAAACCAGUUGUCCCUGAGUUAACAACGUUAAGCCAUUUCCAAACUGUACACAACCUGUCUAUAUAUCUACGAACUACAUCUAUAUCUACCACUAUAGCCCUGGAGAACGCGAAUGAGAACACAACGAGAAGAUGACGAGAAAGGGGGACGGGGUCCUUGUCCUAAAGCCAGCCCCCAGAACCCCCGGAACCCCACACACAAAUUCAACGGUCGGCGCUGAUUGCCGCUUAUUCCUCCCAUUAAGCCGGAAAUAUCUUGAAUCCUUCAUAACCGAACACAACACACACACAGACACCAAUUCCACACGAGCAUGGGGCGCCUAGAGAACGGCAGAUAUUAGAUGAUACGUCGCCGGUGAGAGAGAUAAAUAGAGAUCGCAUACCAAAGUGUCGGCACUUGCGUAGUUGAUAUCAUUUUUUUUUAUUAUUUACAUUUUGAGAACGUUUUGGAGAGAUCCGAAAGCUCUGUAAGACACCUGAGAACCCUUUAAGCGGAAAUGUGUUAAACGAAACCCAAUUUGAAUAUGCAUAUGUUAGGCAUAUAUCCUGCACACCCAGACACAGACACACACAAACACACACAACACUCCCAAACAGAACCCUUUUGCGCAUUCAAACUAUCCGAGAACUUGAUUGUUUUUCAAUAAAUUUGAACAGGUUUGUGCUCUCUUGUGUCAUUAUUGAUAAUGUAACUUGAUUGCCAUGAACACUCGUGUAAAUUCCAGUUGUGUGCUUCAGGAUCAGAGGUUUAAGUCCUAGCAAUCGGGUGCUAUUGGUUCUGUUUCCCCUCCCUUUCUCGCAAUCCGAAAAUGUUCUGCAAAUGAAAGUGAAAAACGGGACAACAUACAGUAGAUAUCGGCUAAAUGCAAUAACGCGGAGUAAGCGGCGAAAUCUUUACAUGCUGAUAUGCUAGAAUAUGUAUACAAGCAAUACAAGUAGUCAAAAUGGUUAUCGAUUCGUUAAUGUAAGAGUAAUCUCCAAGCGUUAUUUACCUUAAACCUCCCAUCCGUUUAAAAUAAUAAAAGUGUAAAAAGUU